CCAGGGUGCAGCAGUGACAGCUCUCUGAGCAGCUCUGGUCCCCAGAACAAAGCAGGAGGGAGCCCAGGGUGUGGGUCAGGGACCUCUGUGUCCUGGACUGGUCAUCGUGAGCAGUCAGGCCAGUCCCUGAUGCCAGCCUGAGCCCCAGCUCUCCGUGCCAGGCGCCUCCUGGGCUGCCCCAUCACCCCUCUGGGGCAGAGGCUCUGAGCUGGUUUCCCCUCUCUGUUGCACAUCCUGAUUUUUUGUUCUGCUUUCUCUUGUCUGUGAAAGUGACCGUCAGACCCAACCUGGAGAUACGCAACCUCGAGAUGAUUUAGCAACUGCCAGUCGCUGAAGGACGUGCAAGGCUAGCUGGCUGGUCCAGGCCACUCUAGGCUCAGCAGUCUCACAGAGCUGUCUCUGCCCUCUGUGCUGCGCUGACUUCCAGCCUCCCAACCUCAGAGGCUGCACACCAGAGCCUUCCUCUGACCUUGAGCUGGCUGCCACUCCUGCCCCAGGGGACACUGAGGCGUGUGUCACCUGUGCUGUUCUUUUCAGAGGGAGAUGAAGGUGCUGCUGAGCCUGACCCUGGUGCUGACAUGGCUGGGGCGGUGCCGAGGGGCUGCCGGGGUGUUCACGGAGCCCCAGGUCCGAGCUAGGGCUGGGGGCUCCGUGCUGCUGCCCUGCCUCUUCCUAGACCCCGACAGCAAGGGAUGGACCCUGCACAAGGUGGACUGGCUGCUCAAGGCAGGAGCUGGCACGCAGGAGGAGAUGGUGUUUUUUUACUACAGCAGCCACGGCGUCCCCGCGGGCCGCUUCAAGAACCGGGUGCAGUGGCGGGGGAACGUGUCGCGCUGGGACGGCUCCAUCCUGCUGCAGGACCUGCGCCUCAACGACAGCGGCACCUACGAGUGCGAGCUGCGGCUGCUGGAGACCGGCAGCGUCUUCAAGAGCCGCACGGUGCUGCUCGUCAGCCCCGCGGCACCCAAAGGUACCGAGGAUGCCGCGCCCCUGAGGGACUCCGGCUUCUGGCCGGCCGCGGUGGGAUGUGGCUGCGUGGCCGUGGUGGUGGCGUUCCUGGCCGGGCUGUGCGUGAGGAAGAGGUUUGCAGCCCUCACAGCCCUGGAGAGGACGGGGAAGAGCAGCAGCAAGAGCAAAGCAGAGGAAGCAAUUUACUCCUCAGUCCCUGGAGAUGAGGUAGCCAAGGCUGAGCAGGAAGCAAAGAAGAAGAGGAGAGCUGAGGACACCUACAUAACCAUGCGCCCGUCCCACUGCCGGGACAACGGCGUCUACGUGGAGCUGGCCAAGAGGUCCAUCCCGUCGGAAUGGAUGGCAGAGGGGACACGGGGGCACGGACAGAGCCAGGAGCCCCCCAGCAGGCCAGAGGAGGCACUUCCCCAGCCUCCAGAGCAGCAGAAAUAGCAGUGCUGUGGGAUGGCAGCCCCUCGCCCAGGUGUGUCCGACACCUGCGUCCCUGUGAGCACUGAGAACUGCUGACACGUCGCUGUGUGCCCCGUGCCAGGGCACUGCUGGCACCCCAGCUGUCUGCAGGGCACCAGGGGACGCCCAUCCCUCUGGCUCUUGCCCCCUGGACUCGAGAGAGUGGGCACAGCCUCACGCUCCAGCUUUGGUCCUGGCCCAGGAUGAGGAUCUCCGAGGGGGGAGACGCAGCGGGAGCCGUCACAGUAUUUUUCUGUAGAUAAUAAAUCUCAGGGAGUCUUC